AUGUUUUCCUUUCCUAGCAAUGUUUUGUUGAUGCAUAUUUUUCUUGCGGAUUUUCAAGAAAAAGAACCGUACUAUGAAGUGGAAAUGAAGAAACGUGCAUUACACAGCAGGGUCAUUUCAUGUGAUCAUACGUUUAAAAUAAGUAAAUACAUUGGAGCAAGAAGAAGUAGCGAUGAUAAAUUUGUGAAACAAUUUGAAAAUCUUUUUAUAGUGCUAAACGAGAGGCACGAAGUUUUCAGUUGGCGUCUAACGAGAACCACAGGCUUUGAAGAAAUAAGGUCGUUACUCGUUGAGCUUAAGGAGCAGAUAGGUAAUGCUUUGGAUACAGUAAUAGUGGACGACUGUUGCAAAGUAAGAACACUCUACAGGUCAGUUUUUCCAGAUGUAGAAGUAAAACUAGACUUAUUCCAUGCAAUUCAACGAGUCAUCAAAAAGAUACCAAAGGGAUCUGAGUUUUCCAAACGAUUUUCAAAAGAAUUGGGUCUGAUAUUUCGAGCAAAUGGAGACUGCGACGAGGUCCGUCAGCUACCCACACCUGAUUGGAAAGUGGUAACUGAAAAUUUGUAUUCUUUCCGUGAAAGGUGGAAAUCGUUCUUGAACAUGGAAGAAAUGAAGAAAGCACGUUUGGAACUCGACCACUUAAGCGUGCAUAUAAAAAAAGGUUGUUUAUCUGGCUUAAAACCGGGUGAAGGAACGGAAUCGAAUGAGAGUCUUCAUAACACAUUAAAUAAAUCAUUAUUAUGCGGUGCUACUACCACGGGUCCCGAAAUAGCAAUUGCUAUUAUAACUUUAUUAUUCUAUAGUAUGAACUGCAGGAAAAGCGCGAAAAAACAUAAGCAGAAUUCAAGAGUAAUUCCCUUCGUGCCACUCUUCUCGCAGUACACGUCAAGGAACGUAAAUGAUAAAAAUCCCCACUUUAACACUAACAGUGGGGGGAAAGUCACGUUAGAUGACGCUUGGAAGACACCAUACGAAGGAAAUAAAGUAUACCCAGACGAAACUGUUGAAGAAGCUGUAGUAGUCAUUGAAACUAUCGAGGACACUCUUAACGAGUCCAUCGCCAGUCUGCUUUUGAAAAACAUGUCCAAGUUGCAUUCGAUUUUAAGUAAAGUCAACAGCGAAUGUCGGGAUCGUUGUUUUAAUGCAUUUGAUAUUCCAAUAAUGCAAGUGGGUAGUAAACAAGUCUUAGUCAAUAGUUGCUAUGCUGAAGAUGACACAGAAAUAAGACACAGAGAGAAACACUGCAGCGAAAUCUAG